CUUCGAAACCCUAGUUCUUCUGGGCUCGUUUAACCAGUUGGAGAGAGAGACGGAAGCUCCGCGCUGCUGCCGAAGUUCCUCGAAAGAAGAGAGGAAGAUGGUGAACGUUCCGAAGACGAAGAAGACAUACUGCAAGAACAAGGAGUGCAAGAAGCACACCUUGCACAAGGUGACACAGUACAAAAAGGGAAAAGACAGUCUUGCUGCUCAGGGAAAGCGUCGUUAUGACCGUAAGCAAUCUGGUUAUGGUGGUCAGACCAAACCCGUCUUCCACAAGAAGGCCAAAACAACCAAGAAGAUUGUGUUGAGGCUUCAAUGCCAGAGCUGCAAGCAUGUGUCUCAGCACCCAAUUAAGAGGUGCAAGCACUUUGAGAUCGGAGGAGACAAGAAGGGCAAAGGAACAUCCCUCUUUUAAGUGUACCUUCCCCUCCUGAAACUUCUAGUUCUGAGUUACUUUCCGUUCUUAUCGGAUCAAUAUCUUAAAUGACGUUUUAUGUGACGAAACUGCUUCAAUUUGCAAUCAAGAAACAUGGGUUCCGAAAAAGACAAAAGCUUUCAGGAGAAAUCAAGAAGUAUUUUCGAUU